GAAGUAGAAGGGGAGGAGACAAAUUUGAGUUCAGAGCGUGAACCACUGCUUUCAGUGAUCGGAGGGCCGGUGAAGUAUUGUACAGUAUUCAUACGUGCCUCGCUGUGACAAAAGUAAGCCGGGACAACACUGAUAUCACCAAAGGAUCGGGAAUCAAGCGCGCUAUUGCUGGUUUUGAUUGACUGGAACUAUAUCCAAUGGAGCUACAACAUGUAAUUGGGUCAGGGGAUCUUUGACCUGAAAUGUAAAGUUUGACCUUGUCCAUGUCACGUGAGACAGAGCCAAAGCCCUACCUGUACAAGGGCGAGUCUGAGUCCCCGUGUGGCUCCAUGUCUCACCUGCACCGCAUGGGCGUUGCAUCUGAGGGGAGUGACAGCAGUCGCGACCCACUCAGUUCUCCGAGGCCUCAAGCACAGAUGCAUGAGGAAGUGGAGAUGGGCGGAAGUGGCUCUAGUGGAAGUGGCACAGAAUCUCACAGUAACGAGUCCCACAGUAAUGAAUCACAUGGUAAUGAAUCUGUGGGGAGUUCCAGUGGAAACGGAAAAGAUUCUGCAAUCAUGGCAUCAUCAGGGAGUAACAAGAGCUCAAACUCUCAAAGUUUUUCCCCUCCCAGUAGCAACAAUGCAUUCAGCUUGGUCAGUUCAGAGCUAGACAACCCAUCAACCAGCGGCUGCAGUAGUGAACAGUCAGCAAAGGCUAAGACUCAGAAGGAGCUUUUUAAGACCUUAAAAGAGCUGAAAUAUCACCUCCCUCCUGACAAGCGCAGCAAAGGCCGGGCAAGCACACUUCACACUCUCAGAUAUGCCCUACGAUGCGUCAAAGAAGUCAAAGCCAAUGAAGAGUACUAUCAGAUGCUUAUGAUCAAUGACAGUCAGCCCUCAGGUCUGGACGUGUCCUCAUAUACUAUUGAAGAAAUCAACAGUAUUACCUCAGAAUAUACCCUCAAAAAUGCUGAUAUUUUUGCAGCUGCGGUGUCCCUGAUCACAGGAAAGAUCAUGUACAUUUCGGAACAGGCUGCAGGGAUCUUGAACUGCAGAAAAGAUGAGUUCAAAGACAGAAAGUUUGUAGAGUUUCUGACACCUCGUGAUGUCAGUGUGUUCUACAGUUUUACAACACCAUACAGACUUCCAUCUUGGAGCAUGUGCACUGGAACAGAGUCAUCGACUGAGUUCAUGCAGGAGAAAUCCUUCUUCUGUCGUAUCAGUGGUGGUAAAGAGAAGGAAGGAGAUCUGCAGUACUAUCCAUUCAGGCUGACCCCAUAUUUAAUGAAGGUUCAAGAGUCAGAGCUCUCUGAGGAACAUUUCUGCUGCCUCAUAUUGGCUGAGAGAGUUCACUCUGGAUAUGAAGCACCAAGAAUUCCACCUGAUAAGAGAAUCUUCACCACAACACACACGCCUAACUGUGUGUUUCAAGAUGUUGAUGAAAGGGCGGUGCCUUUGUUAGGAUUUCUGCCUCAGGACUUGAUUGGGACAUCUCUUCUGUUACACCUGCAUCCCAGUGACAGACCUAUAAUGCUGGCAGUGCACCGGAAAAUUCUGCAGUAUGUUGGGCAGCCCUUUGAUCACUCCUCGAUCCGAUUCUGUGUGAGAAAUGGAGAAUAUAUUACUCUAGACACAAGCUGGUGUAGCUUUGUAAACCCAUGGAGCCGCAAGGUGUCCUUUGUUAUUGGACGACACAAAGUUUGCAUGGGUCCAAUAAAUGAGGAUGUGUUUUCAGCUCCGGCUUUUACAGAGGAAAAGAUCAUGGAUUCAGAUAUACAGGAAAUUACUGAACAGAUUGAAAGACUGCUUCUACAGCCGGUCCACAGUAUGGGGUCUAGCGGUUAUGGGAGUCAUGGCAGCAGUGGUUCUCAUGAGCACCCGCUGAGCAUAGCAUCCUCUAGUGACAGUAAUGGAAAUGGAAACACAGCAAACAGUGGGAGCAAGAUCAACGGAAAUACCAGAAGGGAAGAGGGCAAAAGCAAACCAAGGACAUUUCAGGAGAUUUGUAAAGGAGUUCACAUGAUGAAAGCUCAGGAACAGCAAGGCUCCUCUUCAAAAGCAGAACAGAAAAAGUCUUUGGACAUGUCUUUAGCAGGGUUCAGGUCUCCUGUUGUAAAGCAGAAAGGACCUGCCUCAAUGGAGGAACUCGAGAACCAUACAAUGUGCUCAUACCAGCAAAUCAGCUGUCUAGACAGUGUCUUCAGAUAUUUGGAGAGCUGUAACGUCUCAAACACAGUAAAACGGAAGUAUCAGUUUUCCUCAAACACCACCUCCUCAAAUUCAGACGAGGACAAGAACGCUUCGGAUGCCAGUCUACAGCAGACCAAUGAUUCUCUAGGUAUGGAAGGAACAUCUUUAAUGUCUAUAAAAACCAAUGAAAAGCCUCCGCCAGGUCCUGCCCCAGGUCGUGUUAUUGGAGGACCUUUAUCUCCUUUGGACCUAGCCAGCAAAGCAGACAGUGUGGUUUCUCAAUGUUCCUACAGCAGCACAAUUGUACAUGUGGGAGACAAAAAAACACAGCCAGAAUCAGAAAUCAUUGAGGAUGCUGCAGAAAGCCCAGUCCCUUCUGUACCUGUUAGUGUGAUUUCCCCACCCACAGUGGAGCAGGAAGCCUAUAAGAAGUUGGGACUCACAAAACAAGUGCUGGCAGCGCACACACAGAAAGAAGAGCAAGCAUUUCUCAGUCGGUGUAGGGAACUUCGGAGUGGUCAAGCCCGUCAGAAGGAUUGCCCACUUAGCACACAAAGAAACCAAGGAAAGGCUGCCGAGGGAGCUUGUAGAUCCAAAGCAGGAGCAGGUGUCCCUGUUACACAGGCCACCACCAAGAAAAUCUGGCGCACCAAAAAGUCAAAGAAAGCACGCACAAAACAUCCUGAUUCAUCAGAUAAUGCUGCGUCUCAGCACAGACCUCUUCCACCUCUGCAUGGUUUAAACCAGACAUCUUGGUCCCCCUCCGAGACAUCGCAGUCUGGGCUUUCAGUUCCAUUUACAAAUGUGGUUCCAGGAUAUCCUCUCUACCCUGUAGUUCCCUCUGUUGCCCCACCCCAAGCCCCUACAGGAGUAGCAGAGUCCAAGAACACUCAGGCCACGCCCUCUACGGCUACAUAUCCUACGCCAUUAGCCACACCAGUUGUAGCAUUUUUUUUGCCCGGUUUUGUGUUGCCACAGAUAGGCACAGCACCUCGCUCUCCAUUCUGUGCUGAUGCUCAGCAAGCCUACAGUGCACUCUUUCAGACCCAGCAAGCCUACAAUACCCAGCAACCCUUGCAGCCUAGUCUACACCGGCCAACAAGCAUUUCAGCCGCAACAAGCCUACAGCACCACACAGCACCUUCAAAACCCUCAAGGCUGCAGUACUCACCAUUGCUUUCAGACCCAUACCUCCUUCACUUCCCAGCAGCCAACAUUUACACCCCAGACACAUUUUCAGUAUGGAAUGGCAUCUGACCCAAAACACUCCGCCAUUGAGUCCACAGAGCGUCCUUCUCCUUUGCCACCCUCUCAAUCCCCCCAAGUUUUUGAGUCUCGCUGUAGUUCUCCAUUGCAGCUAAACUUGCUUCAGAUGGAGGAAAAGCAGGAAUCUCAUACCACAG